ACACAAGCCGCCGCACGUCCCGGUCCCGCAGCAACACGCGAGGAUCAGCUGCUGCUGGAUUUACUUCUUUAUCUGAAGGUUUUUAAAGUCCAGAGAUCUUCUAAAGUCCUGGUUCUGGUUCUGGUUCUGGUCUCAGGUUGGACAGGUGAACCAGGAUAACCGGUGAACCGGUGAACGGGUGACCCAGGAUAACCGGUGAACGGGUGACCCCCGCCCCGGCUCCAUCAUGGACUCCAAGCAGCAGAAGAAGCAGAAGCAGCACCAGCAGAAACACAGCGGGCCCAAGGCCGAGAAGAAGAAGAAGAAGUUGGGCAUCGCGGCGGAGGACGAUGAACGACGACGGAACCCCAAGGCCUUCGCCGUCCAGUCGGCCGUCAAGAUGGCCAAGACCUUCCACAGGGCCCAGGACCUGAAGACCAAGAAGCACCACGUCCCCCUGGUGGACCGGACCCCCCUGGAACCCCCCCCGGUGGUGGUGAUCGUGAUCGGACCCCCCAAGGUCGGCAAGACCACCCUGAUCCGGGCCCUCAUCAAGAACUUCACCCGCCAGAAGCUCGGGGACAUCUGUGGACCCGUCACCAUCGUCUCAGGUAAGAAGAGGCGUCUGACCUUCAUGGAAUGCAACAACGACAUCAACACCAUGAUCGACCUGGCCAAGGUGGCCGACCUGGUGCUGAUGCUGAUCGACGCCAGCUUCGGCUUCGAGAUGGAGACGUUUGAGUUCCUGAACAUCUGCCAGGUCCACGGGUUCCCCCGGAUCAUGGGGGUUCUGACGCACCUGGACUCCUUCAGGAACAACAAGACCCUGAGGAAGACCAAGAAGAACCUGAAGCACCGGUUCUGGACCGAGGUGUACCAGGGAGCUAAGCUCUUCUACCUGUCCGGGAUGGUUUACGGCGAGUACCAGACGCAGGAGGUGAAAAACCUCGGCCGCUUCAUCUCUGUCAUGAAGUUCCGUCCUCUGGUGUGGCAAGGCUCGCACCCUUAUGUGCUGGUGGACCGGAUGGAGGACCUGACGGACCCGGAGAAGCUCCGGACGGAACCAAAGUGUGACCGGACGGUUUCCCUGUACGGCUACCUGAGAGGGACAAACCUGAAGAACAAGGGCCAGGUUCAUAUCCCAGGCGUCGGGGACUUCCAGGUGGCCGACGUGAACUUCCUGCCGGACCCGUGCUCCCUGCCGGACGCUCAGAAGAAGAGAGCUCUGAACGAGAAGGAGCGACUGCUGUACGCGCCGAUGGCCGGCGUGGGCGGGGUCGUGUACGACAAAGACGCCGUUUACAUCGACGUCCCGGCCAGCCACGUCCACCAGCAGCAGGAGGAGGUCCGACCCUCCACCGAGCUCGUCCAGUCUCUCAUCGACACUCACGCCACUCUGGACGCCAAGAUGGCCGCCAGCAAGGUCUCUCUGUUCAGCGGCUCGGCCUCGCUGGACCCGGCGGACGUCGACCAGCAGACCGGAGAACUGGACGGACGUCGGGAGGAACUGGUUUUUGAUCCCAACACCAACCGAGAGAGAAGGAAGGUGGUGUUCGCCGAGGAGGAUGAAGGCAGUGAUGAAGAUGAGGAAGAGGAGGAAGGCAGUGAGGAAGAGGAAGACGACGGGGAGGAUCACGACAGUGACGCGGGUGAAGAGGACGAGGACUUGUCAGCGUUUCUCUCAAAGACGAGAGCUGAGUGUGAAAAGACGACACCAGCGAAGAAGAAACAGAAGCUGGAGGAGAACGACGCCGUCGCUGAGAUUCCAGCCUUCGCCGACAGCGAGGACGAUCUGGAAAAGAGUGAAGACGAGGAGGAGGAGGAGGCAGGAGACUCUGGAAACAGUUCUGAGGACGAGGAAGAGAGUGGAGAAGAAGAAGAAGAAGAGAUGGAGGAACCACAACAGAAGGAGAGUGAAGAAGAAGAAGAAGAAGAGCAGGGAUCUCUCCGGUGGAAGGACGGGCUCCAACAAAAGGCCCAGGACGUGUUUCUACGGCAACAGGAGGCCACGCCCAACCUGAAGAAACUGGUCUACGGUUCCGGUACCAGCACCCAGCAGGAGGAAGAGGAGGAUGAGGAAGAGCUGGGCGGGCUGUUCCGGGUCAGCCGGCCCCAGAAGACCAAGAUCCUCCAGACCAACGGACUGGACUGUUCCAGGUUCCCCACCGAGGGGGGACGGGACUGGGACCUGGAGGAGACUCUGUCCUCCAUCAGGGACUGCUUUGUGACGGGGAAGUGGGAGGAAGAUCGAGACGCCGCUACGCUGCUGCAGGAGGACGACGAGAUGUUCGGGGACUUUGAAGACCUGGAGACUGGAGAAGUUCACAAAAACCAGAACCAGGGGGGGCCGAAGGACCGGGAGCAGGGCAGUGAGGAUGAUGAGGAGGAGGAUGAUGAUGAUGAGGAUGAGGAAGAGUCCCCCCCGGUGAAGCUGGACGACGACGAGCUCCUGAAGAACAAGCGUCUGGAGAAGAAGCGGCGGCUGAAGCAGCGCUUCGACUCGGAGUACGACGACGACGACAAGGACGCCACGUACUUUGAUGACCUGAAGGAGGAGCUGCAGAAGCAGGCCCAGAUCAACCGGGCGGAGUUCCAGGGCCUGGACGACGAGACCCGGGUCCAGUACGAGGGUUUCAGAGCCGGCAUGUACGUCCGGGUGGAGAUUCCCGCGCUGCCCUGCGAGUUCGUCAGCCGCUUCGACCCGCGCUAUCCCAUAAUCCUCGGGGGCCUGGGCUGCAGCGAGGGCAACGUGGGCUACCUGCAGAUGCGUCUGAAGAAGCACCGCUGGUACCCGCGGACCCUGAAGACCCGGGACCCCCUGAUUCUGUCUCUGGGCUGGAGACGGUUCCAGACGGUCCCGCUGUUCCACAUCCAGGACCACAACGGCCGGAACCGGCUGCUCAAGUACUCGCCCCUGCACAUGCACUGUGGGGCCUCCAUCUGGGGUCCCAUCACCCCCCAGGGAACCGGGUUCCUGGCUCUGCAGACCGUCCACGGAGUCAAGUCCAACUUCCGGAUCGCGGCCACCGGCGUGGUCCUGGACCUGGACAAGUCCGUCACUAUCGUGAAGAAGCUGAAGCUGGUCGGGUAUCCGGACAAGAUCUUCAAGAACACCUGCUUUGUUAAGGGAAUGUUCCACUCUGAGCUGGAAGUAGCUAAGUUUGAAGGAGCGUCGGUGAGGACGGUGUCGGGGGUCAGAGGUCAGAUCAAGAAGGCCCUCCGGACCCCCCCGGGGUCGUACCGGGCCACGUUUGAGGACCGGCUGCUGAUGAGCGACAUCGUGUUCCUCCGGUCCUGGUUCCCGGUCUCGGUACCGCAGCUCUACAACCCGGUCACGUCUCUGCUGCUGCCGGCGGGUCAGAAGGACGGCUGGUCCGGCAUGAGGACUCUGGGCCAGCUGAAGCAGGACCUGGGGGUCCGGAACCGGCCCAACACGGACUCUCUGUACAAGCCGAUCGCCCGGGCCCCGCGGACCUUCAACCGGCUCCACAUCCCCAACCACCUGCAGAAGGCCCUGCCCUUCAAGAGCAAACCCAAGCAGCAGCAGAAGAAGGAGGGCCCGACCCGGGACCUGCAGAGACCCCGGGUGAUCCGGGAACCGCACGAGAGGAAGGUGGCGGCGCUGCUGCAGGCUCUCAGCACCGUCCACAACCAGCGGAAGAAGAAGCUGCAGGCGCAGCAUCGGUCGCAGCACAAGCUGUUCCUGCAGCAGAAGCAGCAGCAGGCGGAGGAGCGGAUGAGGAGGGAGAAGGAGAUCCGGAAGAAGCUGUUCCGGGUCAAAGGGCAGGCGGAGCAGAGGAAGCAGAGGUCCAGCCUGAAGGGGGGGCAGGACGAUUAGGGGCCCCCCCACCGGGACCCCCCAGGACCCGGCCCUGGGAACCUGAACUGGACUGUAAAAGUGUUUUUAUUGUGUUUUUCUACCUGGAAACGGUGAUGUUUGGAACUAAUGUUAAUAAAAGUCUGACUACUUUUUUUUUUUAUAUCUUUUUAUUUCACAAUAAUUUUCACAAUUCACAUUUUCACAUUCACGAUUUCUAUUCUACCCACAUUCCUACCCUCCCCAUAAUUACCCUAGGGGAAGAAAAAAAAAGAAAAAAACAUACAUUAAGGGAACACAAAAUUAAAUAAAUAUUGAAAGAUAAAUAAAUAAAUAAUUAAAAUAUAUAAUAACAGCAACAGCGAUAUCUACUAUAUCCAUACAUACAUACAAACAUACAUACAUAUAAGGCACAAGUUCAAAAAUAGAAAUACUCAUUGGUCCUUUGGAAAAAUUCUCCAGUUUUGAAAAUAAUGGAAACCAGAAUUCUUGAAAAAAUGACCACGGUUGUUUUUUCUAAAGUUAAUUUUUCCAAUGGUAAAAAAACUGAAAUUUGAUCCAAUGUGAUUAUAAUUAAUAUCCUGCUUUUUUUCCGGUCUAACUGAAGAUCCAGUGUGUCAUUUAAUAAAUACAAACUGGAGCUUAACUCAAAAUUAAUUUCUAAAACUGAUUGUGUGAAGGAAUUAAUUGAUUUCCAGAAACUUAUAAAAAGAUCACAUUCCCAAAACAAAUGUACAAAUGUUCCAUCGAUUCUUUUACAUCUUGGACAUUUUGAAGAGAAAUUUUGUGCAUUUUAAUUGGAGUUAAAUAAAGUUUGUGAAUAAACUUAAAAUCAGCCUCUUUAAUUUUAUUACUAGUAAAAGGAAAAUGUAUUUUUUCACAUAUAUUUAACCAAGUAUUUUCUUCAAAGACCAUCCCCAACUCCUUCCAUAUCUUCACUAAAGUUUGGAAAGAUGACAAACCUCCUCGUGAUAAAAUAUUAAUAAAAGUCUGACUAAAGUUGGUGUUUUUUUAUGAAUUUUUUAUUGGAAGUAGUUUCACAAGAUCCAACAGUAGUGCAGCAAUGUAACAGGAAACACUUCCAUUUUUCCAAUCUUUUUAUUUCCCUCCCACACAGUUUACAGGACUGUCUCAGAAAAUUAGAAUAUUGUGAUAAAGUUCUUUAUUUUCUGUAAUGCAAUUACAAAAACAAAAUGUCAUCCAUUCUGGA